CAUCUUCAUCAUGAAGACUCCUUGCUUCACCCUGGGUCUGCUGCUGCUGCUCACUGUCUGCUGCUGCGACGCCAUGCCUCAAGAAGUGCCUGACAGCGGAGGACCUUACACCUGCUGCCAUUCGUUCUACGAAAAACCUUUACCAUUAAGGUUUGUGACCAGUAUAACUAAGACCGACCCCCGCUGUCCGGAGCAGGGAUUCAUACUCCAAACAGUUAAGAAUCAGAUCUGCUUCAGCCAGACUUCCCCGUGGGCUCUGGACGUCUACAAAAGCAUAAAUACUUGA